CAUCUUGUUUCUCUCCAAAAGUUACAGCUUUUUAAAGACUGAGGAUAUAACCGUCUUUAGCCUUCACUUUUCAGCUUCUAAUUAGUUGUUGUUUUUUAAUGGAGAAGAGGUUUCCGAUAAAGUGGCACAUUUCGGGAAUAAGCUGAGAUUGGAAAUGAGCAGGUUCGAGUGGCUGAGGAAGACCUGGAAGCCGGCAGCGUCUUGCUCUGCCACCAGCUGGCACCGCCAGCCGGGACCUGUUGGCUGCGGGUGGGGGUGGUGCUGUGACGAGGAGCACCUGGCGGUGGGCAGCUGUUAGUGGCUCUUCAGUCGAAGUACAUCUCAUUAGAGGGGCCUGGUGCAGACUGAAGCCCAAUUAAAAAGAUUUUCAAUUUUGCUGUGUCGAUGGCCACAGGCUAAAACCGUGACUAGGAACUGCUGAGAGAGUUGAAUCGUUUAAGUUGGGAUAAUUAUACUUCCUAAUGAUGAAUUCCACAACGCAGUGCUUGUGCACAAGGAGAACAUGCUUUCCUUUAGGUGAGCGUGUGACCUGGCGUUUGAGGCUGAAUAUAUUUUGGAAGAAAUGGUGUUGGCGUAGGGCUCUGUCACAUCCUGAGGAAAAGGCACCGACUUAGAGUCUCCCGAGGGCUCAUGGUCACGCGGUUGUGUGAGCGCGAUCUGGGAACACCAACACAUGUUCUUUGUUCUUUCGGUAGGUUUGCGUUUCCUCACAGCUUUGUCUCGAAGACAGAACCAUGCCAAAGAAAGCAAGGCCUGCGGGGACUGGGAAGGAAGAGGGGCCCGCUCCCUGUAAACAGCUGAAGGUGGAGGCAGCUAGGGGGCCCUCCACCUUAAACUUCGACAGCCCCAGUGGUUUCUUUGAAAGCUUCAUCUCGCCCAUCAAGACGGAGACUUUUUUCAAGGAAUUCUGGGAGCAGAAGCCCCUUCUCGUUCAGAGAGACGACCCUGCGCUGGCCGCGUAUUACCAGUCCCUGUUCAAGCUCUCAGAUCUGAAGAGUCUGUGCGGCCGGGGUGUGUACUAUGGAAGAGACGUGAACGUCUGCCGCUGUGUCAAUGGGAAGAAGAAGGUUUUAAAUAAAGAUGGGAAAGCGCACUUCCUUCAGCUAAGGAAAGAUUUUGAUCAGAAAAGGGCAACCAUUCAGUUCCACCAACCUCAGAGAUUUAAGGAUGAACUCUGGAGGAUCCAGGAGAAGCUGGAAUGCCACUUUGGCUCCUUGGUUGGCUCGAAUGUGUACAUAACCCCGGCCGGAUCGCAGGGCCUGCCGCCCCAUUAUGAUGACGUCGAGAUUUUCAUCCUGCAGCUGGAGGGGCAGAAACACUGGCGCCUCUACCACCCCACGGUGCCCCUGGCGCGGGAGUACAGCGUGGAGGCGGAGGACAGGAUCGGGAGGCCGGCCCACGAGUUCACGCUGAAGCCUGGUGAUUUGCUGUACUUCCCCAGAGGGACCAUUCACCAAGCGGACACACCGCCCGGGCUGGCCCACUCCACUCACCUGACCAUCAGCACCUACCAGAACAGUUCGUGGGGAGAUUUCCUUUUGGACACCAUCUCGGGGCUUGUGUUUGAUGCCGCAAAGGAAGACGUAGCGUUCAGGGCGGGCAUCCCCCGGCAGCUACUCCUGCAGGUGGAAACCACAACUGCUGCAAGAAGAAGAUUGAGUGGCUUUCUGAGGACGCUUGCAGACCGUCUGGAAGGCACCAAUAAGCUGCUGUCAUCAGACAUGAAGAAGGAUUUUGUUAUGAACAGACUCCCACCUUACUACGUGGCCGACGGAGCAGAGCUUUUGACACCAGGUGGACAGUUGCCGAGGCUGGACAGCGUCGUGAGGCUGCAGUUUAGAGACCACAUCGUCCUCACGGUGAUGCCAGAUCAGGGGGCAUCUGAUGAAACUCAGGAAAAGAUGGUUUACAUCUACCAUUCCUUAAAGAACAGGAGAGGCACACACAUGAUGGGAAACGAGGAAGCUGAGGCUCAUGGACUUCGCUUUCCUUUAUCUCAUGUGGAUGCACUGAAGCAAAUUUGGGACAGUUCAGCUAUUUCUGUCAAGGACCUGAAACUUGCUACAGAUGAGGAAAAGGAAAGCCUGGCGUUGUCCCUCUGGACAGAGUGUUUGCUCCAGGUAGUCUAGGCCUUUAUACACCCACACAAACAUGAGACCUACCUGUUGGCCAUAUGUACUACUAACAGGUACAUGGAAGAAUGAAUGACAAAUUACUGAGUGUCCUAAAAACUGACAGAACCAUACUUUUGACCAGUUUAUUUAAUCCAGUGUGGUAGAAAAGGCACAACGACAAUAAAGGUAUUUAAAUUUAAAGUCA